UUGUCAAUUUCAACUGAUUUUACAUAGCUUUAAGCUCUAUUCCAGCCAUGAAAAGGUGACAAGAAUAGCAUUGAUGAUCAUUCAAAUUAUUAACGGAUCAAAGGCUGGAUAUUUUUCAGUGUAACAACCUUUUUUUAGCAACAAAAGGAACCAACUCAUUUAUUUUCAAUUUGCUUCUGGAAGCCACUAUUAAGUUAAUGGUGAUUAUGAAGGCUAUGAUUUUGUGAUGGUUCAAAACUGCUAAAUUGGGAUGAAAAAAGUUGAUCAAAGGCAUAAUGAAAGAUGAACACAAAGGUGAUUGAAAAGAUUUGAAUUAAAGAUGCUAAUUGAAAUCAUAAGAUUGAGAAAUCAAAGAUCCGGGACUCAAAUUGAAAGUGAUUGUACUUGAUAAUGGACUUAUUAAAUCAUUUUAUUCAUUUCAAUAUAAUCUUAAAAGUUGGAUUUAGUUGUCUUGAACAAUUGCAAGAGUCAAGAUCGGAUUAGAGUGGUGAUAUUUUUGUGGUGAUCUAAAAUCAUUGGACAACUGUUGAUAUUAUUUUGUGACAAGAUUGGUAGCAAUUACAAUGGACAAAAGCAAUCAGCUAAAGUUAUCGUGAAUCAAUACUCAAACCUCAGGCAGACCAAAUCGAAAAUCAUAAACGAUGAUUACUCGUAUUCGGUUAAAGUCUUCGGUAAUUAUGGUUUUACUUUUAUACUUUGUGCUGAUCCGAGGAAGUUCAAUAACAUGGAGAGCUUCAGUUUCAGAUACUGUAUCUGAUGCAACAGCAACAGCUGUGGUAGAUGAUGAUGGCGAUGAUGAUCGAUUCAAUAUGAUUGCUGAUGGUUACAAAAUUAUACGACGAUCAGAUGAUGAAGAGGAGGAAGAUAGUUGGGGAAGUUCAUCGGAAAGCGUGAUGGAUGGAGGCUGGGGAGGCGGUGGUGGAGGUGGCGGUGGGGGUAAAGGUAAAGGCAAAAAAGAGAAAGAUAAAAAGAGUAAGGAUAAAAUGAAGAAGAUGAAAAUGAAGAUGAAAAUGAAAAUGAAAAUGAAGGAUGAAGGCUGUACUCCAGAGGUUGUAGCAAUAAAGAAAACCCGAAUUAUACCUGUUGCUGUACCAGUGAAAAGUGGAAAGCGAUCAUUCACGAUUAAAGUGCCCCAAUCAAUGAUGAUGGCUGCACAACAAAACCAACAAAAGUCUUGGGCUCAAUCGUCGGCACCAGCACCUUCACCCAUGCCAAUGUUUAUGCCUAUUCAAAUGAUGCCCAUCGCUUAUCCUGCCCCUGCUCCAGCUCCGGCUGCAGCUCAGGUUAUGGCUCCAGCGGUAUCUUGGUCAGCACCAUCUCCUGCACCAUCUUCGGCUCCUUCACGGGCCCCUGCUCCAGCAGCUCCAGCAGUGGUGAUGGCACCCGCUCCAACCUCAAUGACUUUUACAAUGCCAAUGCCAAUUACAAAUCCAUCAACUUGUAAUCAAUGCUCACAGGCAACUACAAACGUCGAGGAAGUUGUGGAAGAGAUUGUUGAAGAACCUGACUAUGAUUACGACAUGGAGAUGACCGACGGGUGGGGAUAAACUAUUUCAUGGAAUAGUUGAUAACAAUAAUUGAACCUUUUUACAAUCGGUUUAGUAGUUAUUAUCAACCUUAAAUUUCUAGUUCAAUUUUUAUCUCUUCAUAUCAUAUUUUACCAAUAUUAGCAUAUCAUUUUUUACUUUUAAUUUUUCUUUCGAAGAAGAUUUAAAAAACUUAGAUUUGUUUGUAUAGUGACUAAAUUUUCCACGGAUAAAAACAAUUUAAUCCAAAACAACUGUAUUUAUCUAUUAUUUGUUAAAGGCGAAUGUUUGUGAUGCAAAAUCAUAGGAAAAAUCUACCAAAUAUUAAAAAUAUAAUAGCAUGCAAUGACAAUUAACUGAUUAAUAAAGAGAUCUUCAUCUAGAAAAUUCUAUUCAAAUUCACAAGCGAGUGAGUUAGCGAUUUGUGCUUUCACUCAAAUCUCUAAUAAAGACA